GUAAUAUUUGCAGAUGCUUCGAAUAAAUUCCAUUAAAAUGGCACAUCAAGACCGUCAAAAAGUUUGUUAUUGUGAAACUAAACAGGAAUCUCAACCAAGUGAAUGUUUUUGUACAAAGGUUAACAGUGAUGUUUCAGAAAAGGAAUUAAAAUCUAACGAAGGAGCAACUUAUAGCAGUAAUAGUGAAGAAAACUUGAAAAAGGAAAAAAGUGUAUUAGAAAAUGUGCCUGAACAUGUUAAAUUGUUUGCGUUCCCUGAAAUUUCUCCAAAAAAAGUUGAAUUUAAUGACCCGAAUAAAAUGCAUGCCCCAAACUUACCAACUUUUCAGCGUCGUGCCAGAAUGUUUAAACCAAAAACGGCAGAACCCAGCCAGUUUAUUAUGGACGUUCCAGAUGCUUGGGGAAUGGCACCUGAUGGUUCCAUGAUGGACGCUUUCAAUAAAUUGGAAAUUAAAGAAUAAAAGAAAUUUCCCAUUUUGCAUUAUCAAUAAUGCUUGUUAAAAUCUGGCUAUCAGUUCGAAUUUAUUUCAAGAAAGGUGAAAUUCUGUUCAGCGUGCAUGAAAUUCUUGUAACAAAUUAAAUUUUAAUUCAUGUUUCGAAUAUUAAGUUAUUUCAUUCUAGUUGAUAAGCGUUUUUUUUUUACUAGUUGAUUCUGAUUCAAUAAAGGAAAUGUACUAUUAUAGUAGAGUGGAUGGAUUAAAAUAUUCGCUUUAAAAAUCGAUUUACCUCCCACUUUUUUGUCACAAGUUGAAUUUUUUAGGGAUGAAAGUACUUGACAAGGUAACUCUUAUUCCGGGGGUAAUACAAAAUUGGACUGUUCAAAAGGGCACUAUCAUCAAAAAUCGAGAUAUUGAUACCACCGUAUAGGGAAAAAAAUACUUUAUCAUUGGUCCAAUACAAAAUAAGGUCUUUGUAGGGAGUAUUUUUUUAUAAUCAUUCAAAAAAAAUAAUUACCAUUAGCUCUUAUGGCCGAAAAAAACUUUAAACGUAAAUAUCUCGGUUUCAAGCGUGCAAACAUUUGGUUAAAAAUCAUCUUUUUUAAAAAUACCUUUCAUUUAACGGAAAACGAAGGCUUAAAUGGAAAAAAAAUAUUCUUUAUAAAAGUUUCGCUUGUGUAUUUUCUAGAUAACAGUGCAAACCACAUAUUUUUUGCUUCUAAAUUAACAAAGAUAUAACAAUAAACAAUAAGAGAUGUCAAGGGUUUAUGGGAGAGCCAAAUCGGACCGCCGAGUUUCUCGACUCGCUAUGCAUCUCUCUCAGUGUUGAUACGUAUGGGAUCUCUUUCACUCUGUUACAUUAUUUUGUGGGGAUUAUUAAUUUAUCCAAUUGAAGGCGAAGAAUGUUUCAUAGGGUGUAUGAAUUAACAAUAAUUUACCUUUGAGGAAAAUAAAAAAUAACAAGAUAAAUUAAUCAUAUUAUCAAAAUACAAUUCAAGGGUGUUUCACGAACAUCGAAACAGAUGCGUUUUAGGGUAUUUUAAGGUCAAUUAAAAAUAAAAAAAAAACACUUGGACACGUCAAUUUUGCAUUUAAGGGAGACACUUUUUGACCCCAUCGUUGGUGACUUCCACUCUUCUUUUUUAGAUAGGGGAGAUGGAUUAGGCUGUACUUUGUUUUAAAGGUAUUUUGAUUCUCAUCACAAGUGCGUUUUUUUUUUUUUGAAAAUCGAAUAAUUAGUUUUCAAGAUAUUCACUGUCAAAGUUGCCAAGGGCUAAAUAUGAAACAAUUUCCUUGCCCUGUUAUUUUCAAAUUAACACUUUCCUUUCGGACACGUCAAUUUUCAUUUUUUCAGAAGCACUUUUCUAAUAAUUUCAAUUUGUUUCUAUUCAUCAUAUCACCCUUUCUAUCAAGAUAAGUAAGGUAGAUCGAGGUCGAAUUGUACUUUCUUUUAAAGGUAGUUUGAUUCUCGUUAAAACCCUGUAUGUUAUUUUGUUUUUGUAUCGAGGCUGAUUUUCACCCCUUUUAUUAUGAUAGAGGGAGUGGGCUGAGUAGCAUCUUGUUUCGAAGAUCUUUCAAAUAACAGCAUUUUCUAAAUGUUCAACAAUGAAGGAUUUUUUUUUUCUUGCUUUUUUAUAUCGAUGGAGUUGAAACUGUGUUAGUCUCGAUUCAGUAAAAAAUACUACAAGAAGUGUUAAUUUGAGAAUACCAGGGCCAGAAAAUUGUUUCCUAUUUAGCCCAUAGCAACUUUGAUAGUGAAUAUCUUGAGAGUGUAGUGUAUUUCUGAGGAAUUGAAGAAAACACGUUGAGUAACUUCUAGGAUAUAUUAACUUCAGUAUGAGGAUAAUUACUUUGGGAACUCAGGGCUAGGAUAUGUUAAUGUACACACUACCUUUUUUAACUGUACCUGACUAUUAUUCUGGUUGCUAACCAACCUUUCAAUUAUAUAGUCAGUGGCAUACAUAACAUUUCCUUCCCACUUAAGAUAGGUACAUAACUAUAAAUCUAAACGUUGAGGUGCUUUAUGUUGUCUAGUACUGCGUCUCAAAUUUACCUCAUCAGUACUAUUCUUAGAGAGAACUUCCAAAUUAACAGGCUCGUUUAUAGGUAACCUAACUGGACUUUUACAAUUGAUAUUUCUAUCAUCUUGACUUAAUGAUUCUUUUUCUACACUGUUAUUUGGUAAUAUUUGAGAAGGC